CAAACCGGUUCCACGCCAUAGCAACUCUCGACUACUUAAAAGGACAGGGAGCGCGCACAAGCUCAUCAAACUUCAGAGGAGUAACCGUGCUUUCCAGCAGCAUGAUGACCAAAGGGGAGCUGCAGCCGUCGCCGUGUCAUUUGCUUUUAUUCUAGGGGGAGAUAUUGCAAAUUCCGAGUUCUUUCCGAGCCCCCGCGUGUACGCGUCUGGCGUUGCAAACUGAAGAAUAUCCUCUUGAGCUCUGUGUCAAAGCUGCAGGAUGAGUCCACAAAGGUCAGCAAGAGGCCUAGAUGGCGGCUGGGGGUGGGUAAUUGUUGUGGCAUCCUUUUCGGGCCAGUUGCUGGCCUAUGGGUCCCCCCAGUCAGUUGGCGUCCUCUACCCAGAGUGGCUCAACACCUUCCAGGAAGGAAAAGGACUGACUGCGUGGGUCGGCUCUCUUGUUUCUGGUGUUGGGCUGAUUGCAAGUCCCAUCUGCAGUGCCUGUGUCAUGAACUUUGGUGCUAGACCUGUCACAGUCUUCAGUGGUGUAAUGGUGGCUGGAGGGCUUAUGCUCAGUGCUUUCUCCCCCAGUGUUCAGUUCCUCAUGUUCUCCUACGGAGUCGUCGUUGGACUAGGCUGUGGAUUAGUCUAUGCUGCUACUGUGACCAUUACUUGCCAGUAUUUUGAUAACAGACGCGGCCUUGCACUUGGAAUAGUGACAACAGGUGCAAGCGUGGGGGGUUUUUUAUAUGCCACUGCUCAAAAUGAGUUCAUUGAACUCUUUGGACUUGAUGGGUGCUUAUUGAUCAUUGGAGCCCUGUCUCUGAACCUUAUGGCCUGCGCUGGACCAAUGAGGCCCCUGCACCUGCCAGGUUAUUUGCUUAAGCAGAAAAAGGCAUUUGAACAAACUGAGGAGCAGCUGUUUUCCCAGCCUGACAAGCAAAUGGCUGCGGAAGACUCCAUUAAGAUGGCGGCAGGCACAGCUGGGAAGGGUCUUAUAGUCAAGGAUCUGCUGAUCACCAUAGACAUCAAAGAUCCCCUAGCCUAUGAAAAGGGCUUUCUUGGAAGCACUGCUCUGGUGAAGAUCAUCAAGAAGAAGCAACAGUCCUAUUCAAAAUACAUGCACUCCACUGCUGAAUUUCUCCAAGACCACAUCUUUGCGUCCCUCUGUGUCACCCUCUUCCUCUUUAGCUUGGGUGGUUUCCCACCAGUGCUCUUCAUGGAGGAUGUGGCACAAAAUAAGAGGCUCAUUGAGGGAGUCAGUGUCAUACCUCUAGUCUCCAUUGUAGCCAUCACUACUGGCCUGGGCAAGUUGGUGCUGGGUGUGAUGGCUGACCUGCGGUGGAUCAACAGCUUGUACCUCUAUGCCUUUACAGUAGCCAGUACGGGUCUAGCCCUGCUUAUUAUUCCAGUGUGCAAUACCUAUAUUGGUCUGCAAAUCCUCUCAGGUGUAGUGGGAUUCUUCUCUGGGAACUGGUCCAUAACACCCUAUGUUACUACCAAGAUUGUUGGGAUUGAAAGACUCACUCAAGCCUAUGGGCUUCUGAUGUUUUUUGGUGGAUUUGGAAUUAUGCUUGGACCUCCAGUCGUAGGCUGGUUCUGUGACUGGACACAGUCCUAUGACCUUGCUUUCUACUUCAGUGGAGGGUGUGUACUGCUGGGAGGUCUCAGUUUCUUCCUGUCUGCUUUGCCUUGCUGGAACAAGAACAAAAGUGAGAACCUAAGACCUGACAUUGAAUACACUAGCAAUUGUGAAAAAGUUGCCUCUGUAGCAUAAAGGGUGUCGUGUUCAGAUUUCUUUCCUCUGGCUUCGGCAGCCUCCACAGAUGCAUUUAGACUGUAAAGUUCAAAAUGUAUUUGCUUAGCACAUUUCUUUGCGCUUCACUGAGGCUGUAGUGUUUUACUGAUUGAAACAAAAUUUUUUAAAGAACCUUUUUCACUCUUAUGUGGACUCCCAAAUUAAAUGGUCUAGGCUUUAGAAAUUUUUUUUUUUUUUUUU